UCCUGUCCCUCCUCCUCCUCCUCCUCCUCCUCCUCCCCUAACCUUGCUCGUUUCUUGUUCCCCAAGUAACUGGAAGAAAAAAAUUCUCCUUUUUCUUAGAAAAAUUAAGCCGGAGGAGAAGUAGCUCUCACCUGCGUGAGAAAUCUCCGACGAUCUAGGGUCCGGAAUUGGUUGCGUCCCCGGCGACCGGACAGCCGGUUGAUGAGAUCUGACAGCCGAGAGAGGAGGGGAGGAUGAGCUGCAAUGGCUGCCGAGUUCUCCGGAAGGGAUGCAGCGAGGCCUGCAUUCUCCGGCCGUGUCUCCAGUGGAUCGACAGCCCCGAGGCUCAGGGCCACGCCACCGUCUUCGUCGCCAAAUUCUUCGGCCGCGCCGGCCUCAUGUCGUUCAUCUCUGCUGUCCCCGAGUCCCAGCGCCCUGCUUUGUUCCAGUCGCUGUUGUUCGAAGCGUGCGGGCGGACGAUCAACCCGGUGAACGGCGCGGUGGGGCUCCUGGGGGGCGGGAACUGGCACCUCUGCCAAGUGGCGGUGGAGACGGUGCUCCGCGGCGGGACUCUCAAACCGCUGCCGGAGCUUGCCGCCGCCGCCGACCAUGACGACGUCGCCGCGGUCGUGGGAGGGAAAGGCGGGUUCCUCUACGGGCGGCUGAGGGCGGGAGGGUGGCCCCUAUCCUCCGCAGCCAAGCGGCCGAAGGCCUCCCCCGCCGAGAACAACGCGGCGGCGCCGCCGUGCGAUCUGGACCUCUGCCUGACACCCGGGUCCCCGGCCGUGGUUCGGGAGCAGAAGAGGCGGAGGCCGGCGACUCCCUCGAUGACCUCGGAGGGGUCCGUGACGACGAGCGGCGAGAGCGGCGGCGAUCGCCAGCCGCAACUCCUCAACCUCUUCGUCUGAGAAGAGCUCUUGAUCGAAAUUAAUUGUCGCUCGUAUGUGUGUCCUGGUAAUUUCCGAGCUCCGAUCGUAGUCGGCGAGGGUUUUUGUUUUGCCUCUUUUCCUCUUUUUUUCUCUCUCUUUUUCUCCUGCUGUAACUACCGGUCUGGAUUCCCGCUACCGAGGGGAAGAUGAGAGGGCCGGUAAGCACACCGCUCUUUUUCCUAACUACGAAGUGUAUUAUCCUAAAUUAAAUUAAAUAAAUAAAAAGGCCUUUCUAUUUCA